AUAUUCCUAAAAUGCAAUUGAGUAAACUUAAAAGUUAAAACUGUUCCACUAUUCUUCGUUCCUCAUUCUUCAAUUGUCACUUCUUCAUGCUUACAGUUUCUCUCAAAACUCUCGCUUUCCGGUUCCAUUGUUCUCUCUAUCUCUCACUUUCUCUCCCCUCUCUGUUCUGUGUUUCCCACCAUAACCAAUCAGGGAAUCAAUAAUCUGUAAGAGCAUAAGAAGUGCCUCUGUAAUGCUAAAAAGUUUUUCAGAUCCUCAUAGGAUGCUUGCCUUGGCUAAUCUUCCACUAUUUAUUGGAAAAACAUUUGUAGAGACUAAAAUACCAACAAGUACACGAAGCACUGUGGUAUGUGCUGCAAAAGGUCCAAGACCAAGAUAUCCUCGCGUUUGGAAGACCAAUAAAAGAAUUGGAACCAUUUCCAAGGCUGCUAAGCUUGUCCAGUCUAUUAAGGAACUUUCAAAUGUCAAAGAGGAAGUUUAUGGAGCUCUUGAUACCUAUGUCGCGUGGGAACUAGAAUUUCCUUUAAUUACAGUGAAAAAGGUUGUCAAAACUCUAGAGUACGAGAAAGAAUGGAAGCGGAUAAUACAGGUAACAAAAUGGAUGUUAAGCAAGGGUCAAGGAAAGACAAUGGGAAGUUAUUAUACAUUAAUUAAUGCUUUAGCAGAGGAUGACCGACUUGAUGAAGUGGAAGAGCUUUGGACGAAGCUAUUAAUGCAGUACAUGGAAAGCUUGCCUCGUAGAUUCUUUGAUAAAAUGAUAUCUAUCUACUGUAAAAAGCGCAUGCAUGACAAGAUGUUUGAGGUAUUUGCAGACAUGGAGGAGCUUAGUGUUCGACCUAGUAGUCCUGCUGUUUCAAUGGUUGGUGAUGUCUUCAAGGAGCUUGGUAUGAUGGAGAAAUACGAGAAGUUACAUAAAAAAUAUCCACCAGCUCAAUGGGAAUAUAGAUACAUCAAAGGAAAGCGCGUAAGAAUUAGGUUGCAAGGUCAAUCUAAUCAUGCUGACAAAUACAUAAGAAAACGCGACAAGGUUCAACCAAAUUCAGGCUCAAGAGAGGAUGAUAGUUCAGAAGAGACUUCAGAGUUAAUAGAUGAUGAACAAUUCGAACAGGACGUUGAUGUAAUAUUCAUGGAAACCAAACAAAUUUCAAAUGAGUCGUGUCAGAGUACGGAACCAAGUCUAGAUGUAUAACGAGAGAAAGAUGAUAUAUUAUGAUUAGCAAAUAAGUUUUUGUUGGUCAUUAAGCAGAAUCUCGGUGGUGAAGACAAUCUAGGAGAACAUGCUUUUAAAAUUUCAAAAAAUGUAAGCCUGAGAAUCGGGUAGUGGCCAUUUCUUUUAUGAGGGUAUCAGAUUAUUUACUGAGCAAGAAACGUAACUACGUCAGAUUCCUCCAAUGGCGAACUGUCGAAUUGAAAGUGGGUGCUUUAGCUUGAAAGUUUUCUCAAUGAAUAAUAACUAUACUGGAGAUUGAGGGCUCUGAUUAGCAAAUAGUUGUGCAGGUUUGUGUUAUUCUGUUGGUCAUAUAUUUGCAUUGUAUUCAAAUGCUUAAACCAUGAUAACUAAAUACUCCUAGAUACAACAAGCAAUUCUCCUUUUUGUAAUUUAUGAAUAUAGAUUUGUGCACCAUUAUAGGCA